AUGAAGCCGCACGACCGCGCGGACCUCCUUUCUCAAGCCGCCAACUUCUCUCCCGACGAAACCCGGGACGUCGAGCUCGUCCUCGAGAUGAUGCCUUCCGUCUUGGUCGACAUCACUUGCGAAACAGAAGGCGAGGAAGGCGUGCAGGAAGGGGACAUAGUCACAAUGCAGGCCUGGAUAACCCUCCGCAGGCCCAACGGGCCCGUGCGGGCCCACCCCCACGCCCCACACUUCCCCUCAGACAAGGAGGAGAAUUUCUGGCUUCUGCUGGCGGACCCCGCCUCGAACGACGUGUGGGUAUCCCAGCGGGUCAACUUCAUGGACGAGACGACAGCUGUCAUCGCGGCCUCGAAGGCUGUCCAGGAGCUUCGGGAGGGGUCGGGCGCAGGCCCGAAGGAGGUGAGUUUGGCGGUGAAGGAAGCUGUGGGGCGGGUGAGGGAUGGGUCGAGGUUGGUGAUGGGGAAGUUUCAGGCUCCGUCGGAAGGGACGUAUGGUUUGACGGCUUACUGUCUUUGUGAUUCGUGGAUU